UCCAGAUGACUACACAUGGCUCUACCCCAUCCUACUGCCCUCCAUCACCGACACACUCAUGACUCUGUACAGAGCCCACUGUGCAGCUGAUGAUGAAAAGCUGUCAAUGACUCUGAAAGAAUUGGACGAGAAACCUGACAGUGACCUCUGUGAACUCCUGGAAUUAAUGAGUGAGUAUCAGUGUUGGAGAGGAAAGGAAGACUUGAGCACAUUCACUGACCUCCUCUGGUCAGCAGCUGUGACUCUCAGCAAACUCAAAGAGUGCAGAUCUCCGUUGAACAAGCUCCUCUGUUUGCAAGAGACAAAUGCUGAAGUCACUAAGGUCUACAGGCGACUGCAUCCCGAGAGAGACAGUCUUAUGGCGUACUCUCAUGACGAACAGGGGCAACUCAUCUCGUCAAAACUCUUCUCAUUUGUCAUUGUCAGAUCACAACAAAACGUGGGUUGUUUGAGCUCUGAAAUCCGCUUCAUAUCUGACUUUGCUGGGUCUGUACUACAUACGGAAGAGUAUGGAUAUCUUCUCACAGAACUGAAGGGUUGUUACCAGCAAUUGAGUGAUCUCUAUGUUGAUGAAGAUGAAUGGAUAUAAAACACACGCACACACAAUGAUAACAAAACUGACAGAGCCGUCAGAUACAAAAUGACAAUGUUGUGAUGAUAUAAAAGGGUCUUGAUGCCAAUACGUACAUAUGUAUACAGGAGCUGUACUUGAAACAAAAUGCAAGGCAUUAAAAGUUUAUGAUACUAGAGGAAUAUUGGAAUCACAUAAAUUCUAGGCCGGUUUAUGUAUAUAAAUUUGGCAAUAAUUCUGUGGGUCUACUAUGCAAAGAUACAUGUAUGUGGGGCAGUAUGCAUGAGCAGA